AUGGCAAGCAAUAAAGUUAUUUUCGGUGUCUUGUGUUUGGUGACGCUGUCCGCUGCGCUCCCGGCUGAGGAAACGCGCGGCCAUGCCCGCAACGCCAUCGGCGGCGACAAUGACAUUAUGGAUAGCAUCUAUAGCGAUUGCCUGCGCAAGGAUUCCGUCUCGUGCGUCAAAUACAAGCUGUUCAACUUUGUCGACAAGGUGCUCGGCGCCCGCGAUCAGUAUGCUCUCACCGAGGGCGUCACUGUUGUCCGCUCGCCGGAUGCACCCGUUCAGGAGGCAGCCCGCUCCAUUUCUGGUGAUGAGUCGUUCGAGUCGCUGGCACUGAAUCGCAUCAGCAGCUUCCUCAACUCGCACAACAUCAAGGUCGAACUGAAGGGUGCCGAUAUUGUGCAGGCGGUGAGCUCCACUGGACGCGCCUUGGAGGAUGCCUCGGAGUCGCUGUUCGGCAGCAAUGAUCCCAAUGCGCCCGAGGAGAGCCGUGGCAAGAAGAAGAAGGCCGCCAAAAUCUUGGGCCCCAUUCUGGCUUUGGUCGCACUAAAGGCCGCCGCUCUGCUGCCCCUGCUGCUGGGCGCCAUCGCUCUGAUUGCCGGCAAGGCUCUGCUCAUUGGUAAGAUCGCCCUGGUGCUGUCGGCCGUGAUUGGCCUGAAGAAGCUGCUGUCACAGGAGAAGCAUGUCACCUACGAAGUGGUCGCCCAUCCCCAUCACAGCAGCAGCCACUCGGUCAGCCAUGGCGACUCAUAUGGCAGCGGCUACAGCGCCGAUGCGGGCGCCUCCUCGGCCUCGUACGGCAGCAGCGGACACGGCGGCUGGGGACGCUCCAUCGAUGCCCAGGAUCUGGCCUAUGGUGCCCAGAAGCCCCAGGCCUAA